UGUAGAUGAUUGUGGGAUCAGAAGAGGGUGGUGUACAUUUGGGGGAUCUUAUUAUUCUGCUCGCCUCACCCAAAAAAGCGCAGGCGGCUCCACCUGCAUAGUUGUCGUGCCGCGCGUGCCCGCCACGCGGAGUCUGUAUCCACACUUUGCGCAUCAGCAGGUGCACUCAGCCCUUACCGACAAGAACCGGCUGUGGUCCUCGUGUGUUUCCGUCACAGGUCGGUUCGCCGUUGUGGAUCGGAAUGCAGUUGCCGGAGGCAGAGCAACCGGGAGGACUGUGAGUGGAGACGCGCAUAUAGAACAGGUUAAUAAACACGUUUCACUGUAGCAGCGCUUGACAACGAAGUUCACGGGUGACUGAACGACGCCGGGACGCGCUAAACGGCUCUAUAAGCAGGUGAUAUUACCGUUACUUAUCCCGGGGGGUUCUCCAGACAGACGGCAUCCCGGGUUUCCCAGAGCUAUGGAGCCACGCACUGCAGACAGCGGGAGGAGAGAAUCGGUAACGCGAUAGCAGGUAGCUACACCUCCGACAUAGCGCUGUCGCUUGCACGAGCCCAACAAUGACGUGAAAUAUAAACUGGAGUGUAAGCAGAGACAGAGUGGCUAGAGGAGGGUGUGACCUUCAUCCCCCCUGCCCUGACCCCUGAACCCUGACGCAUGCACUGGAGACACCUCUGCAGCACCCAGGUCACCAGAGUGUGGGUCUCCUGUUAGCAGCAUGUUCUACGGCUCCUCCUCCGGGGCCAGCAUGUCCCUCCCUUCCAAGAGCCGGCUGAAACGCCAGAGCAGAACCUUCACCCAGGUUCUCUACCGGACGUUGAGUUACCGUGACCGUGCCCCGGUGGAGCACACCUCCAGAGAGCGCCGCUCUGUCACCGAGCCCCCCGACCGCCCGGCCGACGACCCCUCAGAGCUGUCCACCCAGAGCUCCGCCCCCGGCGUGCUCAAGAUCUUCGGGGACGCCGUCUGUCCCGGCGCCAAUUACAAGUCUGUCCUGGCCACGCCCACCUCCAGUGCCCGCGAGCUGGUGAAGGAGGCGCUGGACCGCUACUCCCUCAACAAGGCCCACGCACACGCCUACGUGCUCUGCGAUGUGAUUGGGCUUCUGGAGGGCGGGGCCGGGGAGGGCGAGACGGAGGGUCCGGGGUGGCGUGCAGAGUGCCUGCGGGCCCUAGGGGACACAGAGAAGCCUCUCCUACUGCAGCAGCUGUGGAGGCCUCGCGAGGGUCACGCCCGCAGGUUCGAGCUGAGGAGCAGGGCGGAGGUGGAGGAGCUCAACGCCAAGGACAAGGACACGGUCACCGCUGUUGGGUCUAAGACCCCUCCCUUCCUGGCUGCUCUGAUUGGUCGGUCCGGGCUGGGCAGGCUCCGUAGCUCUCCUCCUCGCUCCCGAUUGGCUCAGACCCACUGUGGCUCCGCCUCUGCCACGCCCACCUCCAAAGACAUCAACGCCCAGGCCCGUAAGCUCCAGAGGAACAGGGCUAAGGGAACUCUGCCCCGCGCCGGCUCCUCUCUGUGCCGCAGCCUCAGCGAGACCAGCCUCAACCAGCUGGGAACAGGGGAGGAGCCUAAGCGGUACUACUCCACCCUGCCCGGGCCCCUGAGGUCCCGCGGGGGGAGGGAGGGGGGGGUUCCGGCUCGGAAGAAGGAGGAGGGGAGUCAGGGGGGAGGAGGGGUGAGACUUUCUCUCUACCAGUCCCCUCACUUGCUGCUGCUACAGGGCUUCAACAAGCAGGACUGCCUGGUGUACCUGCUGAACAGGGAGCAGCACACUGUGGGGCAGGAGACCCCGUCAGCACGGCCUAACAUCAGCCUGUCCUCCCCGGACAUCCUGCCCCUGCACUGCCUCCUGCGUCGCAUCCCCGCCCCGGCAACCUCCUCCGCUGCCUCCCGGUGUCGUGGCAACGCCUCCAGCCCGCCCCCCGUCUCCGAGGAGCGUUUCUGCGUGGCGGCGGAGCCCGUGCCGCAGGCGGCCGUGAUGGUGAACUUCUCACGGUGCGAGCGCUCCACCCCGCUGAGGCACGGCGACCUGCUGGCCUUCGGAGCGCACUACAUCUUCCUGUACAAGGACCCUGCGGGGGCCAAGCCCCUCCCCGCCCAGACGCUGACCCGCCUGCGCUCCCUGGGCCAGCUGUACGACACCGGGGGGGCGGGGGGCGAGGGGGCCGGAGAGGGGGGCGGGGAUGGGGGGGUCUGUAGGAUGUGCGGGUCUGUGUUGAAGGACAAGGCUGCUGGCCCCGCUCCUCGACGCAGCUUCAAGCCCCACCUGGUGAAGGCCCGAGGGGCGGGGCCUGGUGGGGCAGGGGCGGGGCCUGGUGGGGCAGGGGCGGGGCCUGGCGGGGCGGGGCAGAAGAGGCGUCUGCAGCUGGAGUAUGAGCAGGCUCAUGAAGACGCUCUGCUCAGCAGGAUCAUGACCCUGAUAGAACCUGGAGGUGACGACCACAAGCUGACCCCAGCCUACCUGCUGUGUCUGGUCCUGCAACACUCUGCCUCCUCCUUCCCAGGGUGCUUUGGGAAGCUGCUACUGAAGAUAGCACGUCGGGUCCAGACCGUCGCCUGGGAGAAGACAAAGGAGCUGGCACAGAAGCAAGCUCAGCAUCAGGACCCAGCCUCCCUGGCCCUGCUCUCCAUCUCUGACCUGCUCCCAGACCUUCAGGUCAUUUUCUUCUGGAUGUCCAACUCCAUCGAGCUGCUCUACUUCAUCCAGCAGAGAGUCCCCACAUACACGCACACCAUGGAGACCCCCACAGGUUCCAAAGAGUCGUUGCUGUCGGCAACCAUCUCGGCCAAUGAGGAGGCCAUGACGAUCUUGGAAGAGGUGAUCAUGUACACCUUCCAGCAAUGCGUGUACUACAUCACCAAGUCUCUGUACGUUGUCCUCCCAGGGCUGCUGGAGUGUAACCCGUUCCCAGACAGCAGCUCGGAGCCCUGGAGAGGGUCCAGCUGUCCUGAGCCUGUCCACAGGGUCCUGCAGGUGUUCCAGUACUGCCAGGACCUUCUCCAGGGCUACCAGGUGCACCCAGAGAUCCAGGCCCAGAUGUUCUCCUAUCUCUUCUUCUUCUCCAACGUGUCGCUCUUCAACCAGCUGAUGGACAAAGGCCCCUCUCGAGGCUGGUUCCAGCGCUCCAGGGUUCUCCAGAUACAGGCGUGUGUACGGAUGGUUCUAGAAUGGGCCAGGAAGGCAGGGCUGAGGCACCUGGCUGAGAAGUUCUUCACCAAGUUCAACAGUGCUGUUAGCAUCCUGGCCACACCCCCCCAGCAGCUCACACAGCGGAGCUGGAGGACUCUGAGUGGGGAGCACCCGUGUCUGAAGCCAGUGCAGCUGCAGAGAGUGCUGACUCAGUACCAGCAGGCAGCAGAGAUACCAGGACCCAUCCCAGCCUGGCAGCCCUGCAGUGAACAGGAGGCCUGCCUCUAUAGGACAGUGGACCUGCUGGAGAGCUUUGAGAACCACCCCCCCAUCAUGCUGCCCAGCGGGGGCUUCAGGGUGGACCUGGACCACCCCUCCAUAGAUGACAACAUCUACCGCCAGCUGCUCUACGUCCGGCACUUCCUCUGGGGGCUGCGCUCCAAGACACACACACACCCCGCCACGCACAACAACAACACACACAACAACACACACAACAACACACACACCGGGAGCAGCUGCACCGCAGAGUGGCAGGAGGCACAGCUGGACCCCCCUCACAGCAGCCCUCGGCCCGGGGGGGCAGGGGGGGAGGACAGGGGGAGGGACAGACUGCCCGGCCAAUCACACAACAUACUGAGGAAGAACGGCCCUGCCCCCCAGAUGAGACCGGCCAAUCCCGACCCCUCCUGUCUGUUGACUCCACCCAACACCCCUCUGUACCCCGAGGGGGGCGGGCCUGGGCCUGGCCCCGCCCCCCAGACCAACGGCUGCUGCAGGGGUGUGAACUCUGACCCCUGCAAGACCAACGGCCUGGUCCCCAACGGCCUGGAAGGGAGUGUUAGUGGGUGUGAAUUCCCCUCCCUCUCUGAUGAAGGUGUGUGUGUGGUGUUUGUAGUGGAACUCAGCAAAGGACCUUUCGGCUUGGGCAUGGGACUCAUAGAUGGACUGCACACCCCCCUGAAUGCUCCUGGUAUCUACAUCAGGACGUUGAUUCCGGACGGGCCCGCUGCGUCUGACGGUAGACUCCGCAUCGGGGACCGGAUCCUGGCCGUUAAUGGGACCAGCCUGAUUGGAGCGGACUACCAGAGUGCCGUGGAUCUGAUUCGUCUGGGUGGAGGUCGUCUGAGGUUCCUGGUGGCCAAGUCAGAUCUGGAGGUGUCUGAGAAGAUCAGCGCCUCCUCCUGCUAAUACCACUGCUUGUCCUCCUCCUCCACCUAAUAAUGCUCCUCCACCUCCUCCUUUUCCUCCUCGGGGCAGAGCUGAGAACCCAAAGAUCUCCGCCCCUGAUGCCCUCCAGGAGAGGAUGUGAAGAUGGAGGAAGGACAGAGUUGUGAAACCAAGAGGGGGGAAGGAGGGAAGGACGGACACAGAAAGAUCAGGAAGGAUGGAGGAAGAAGGUGGAGGUCAUGACCGUGGUCCCGGUAGUAAAGCACAGUAGAUGUUUUUUCCUCUGGUCUCUCUCUCUGUGUGGCCCUCUGGCCCUCCUCAUGAACAUGGAGGAUGAGGAGACCAGGGUAGAUCGUAGGGAACUAGCACACAGUCUGUCUCAGGUUGGCUGGUGUAUGACCCCAGUAUGACCUCUGUGUAUAUUCAUUUGUACAUAUAACCGAUUUACACUUUGGCAUAAUGUAUGUACGUGUUCGGAGGACUCAAAAAACUCGGUCGAAUCGGUGAGCGUUUCUAUGCCAGGGUAUGUGAUGACUUGUGCUUGGUGGAUUGUUCCAUGUUUGACUUGUGAUUGGUGGAUUGUUCCAUGUUUGUUAAAAGUUCU